GAACCCAAAUCAAAUAUGGCAUUCAAAUUCGUUACUUUGUUCGCUGCUUUCGUAGCUGUUGCCAGCGCUGGUGUUCUGCCAGCAGCUGCUCCAUUCGCCGCCGUCGCCAAAGUUGAGGAAUACGAUCCCCAUCCCCAAUACUCUUAUGGUUAUGAUGUUAAGGAUGCCCUCUCCGGUGACUCCAAGACCGCCGUUGAGACCCGUGAUGGUGGUUUCGUCCAAGGUCAAUACUCUUUGAACGAUGCUGAUGGUUACAGUCGCAUUGUUGACUACACCUCUGACCCCGUCAACGGUUUCAACGCUGUUGUUCGCCGUGAACCCUUGGUAGCUGCCGUUGCUGUUACCCCCGUUGUUAAGGCAGCCGUAGCUGCUCCCGUUGUUGCCGCCCCUGCUCCAGUUGUUAAAGCCGCCGUUGCUUCUCCCUUCACCUAUGCCGCUGCCGCCCCUGUCGUUAAGGCUGCCUACACUGCUGCUCCAUUUGCCUAUGCCUCCCCAGCUGCUUAUGCUGCUGCCCCCGCUCACUUCGCUGCUUAUGCUGCCGCUCCCGUCGUUAAGGCUGCCAUCCCAGCUCCCGUCGUCGCUGGUCCUGCUGUCGUGAAAACCUCUUUCGCAUCUCCCCUUAUCUCUUAUGCUUAUUAG